AUGAAAAAUCAUGUUUUGGGAGCAUUGGUUAUCAUUGUUCAAUUAUGGAGGCGGGUUGUUUUAUCGGUUUUAAAUGGGAGAAAUAUUUUCCAGUUUAUUCUCAAUUUUUUCAUCAGUUUUUCACCCGUCCUCAUAUGGUUGCUGAUAUUCAAAAAUGCUGGUCUAAUUCCCAAUUGGACCAGGCCACCAAUUCACGUUAAACUUGCCAUGACACUAGAUCGAUACAUAUUUGAUAUAUUUUUGUAUCCUAUAUAUGGCAUAACUUCUCUAUCGUUCCUAGUUGCUUUGUGUGGAGCUUUGAUAAAAUAUCAGGAACUAGAAUUGCAGGUAACCACUAUUCCCAUGGAUGCUACCUUGUUGAACUCACCUCACUCUUUAGAUGCAGAUGUGACACCUUUCUUCGAACGGGACCUGAAUCCAGAGUUAUUUGUUGAACAUUACAAUAACAACAAUGGAAGAGUAUCAAAAAGUCUUGAAACCCCGAAGACCAAACCAUUAAAUUGCUGGUGUCUUGCUACACCGAUUCUAGUGCCUACCUCAUGGUUUAUAUUGAAUCUUGUGUAUUGGUUCAGGGAUCCCAUACGAACUCCUAAGGAUUUACUAGCCUGGUUCUUGUAUGUUGUUUGCCAUCUCGUCGCCCCAAUUUUCACUGCAAUCUGGUUAUAUUUAUUUCAACCUCCUGGUGCUCUUAGAUUGUUUUCUUUGGGUCUAGGUAUUCAGAACAUAGCAGGUGUUGUUACUCAUUUGAUAUUUCCGAACGUGCCUCCAUGGUAUAUUUAUUUUUAUGGUGAAGAGACAAUUCCUGAUUAUGAUAUGCCUGGCUUUGCUGCUGGGCUCAUAAGAAUAGACAUGAUCAUGGGUACACAUAUUCAUACUGCUGGUUUUCAUAUAUCUCCAAUAGUAUUUGGAGCACUCCCAUCAUUGCAUUCGGCAAUGGCGGUGAUGGUAUUCUUAUUUGUAUCAUAUUAUUCGCGAAAUAUGGGAGUAAAGAUCGCCUACCUACUCUACGUUGUUUUACAGUGGUGGGCAACUAUCUACUUGGAUCACCAUUGGCGACUAGAUUUAAUUGUUGGUAUGUUAUAUUCUAUUGCAAGUUUUUCGUUUCUUCUUUUCUGGUCAAGAGGACUAUCAUUUGUGGAAAGGAACUUCAUCCUCGCCAGAAAACGAUGUGAUUUCAAGAAUGGAAGCACUGCCGGCAUGCGUAUAUUCAGAAAUACCAAGUUACAAACCGUUUUCGAUCCAUACAGCUAG